AAUGUUCUCUCACGUUUCUCCUCUCUUCACACUCACUGUCACCUCUUCAAAGCCAUGCAUGCCAUUGCCACUGCCUCAGCUCUCUCUCUUCCCAUUUUCCUUAGAGCUUCCAAACUCGACACCAAAAGGGAUUUGAAAGGUAGAUUUAGAGUGUUUGCUGUAUUUGGCGAAGUAGAGAAGAAAAAUGCAUGGGGUGCGCUGUUUGAUGUAGAGGAUCCGAGAUCUAAGAUUCCACAGAAUAAAGGGAAGUUUUUGGAUGUAUAUCAAGCCCUUGAAGUGGCCAGAUAUGAUAUUCAAUACUUAGAUUGGCGAGCUCGGCAAGAUGUGCUUACAAUCAUGCUCCUCCAUGAAAAGGUGGUUGAAGUUCUUAAUCCUCUAGCUCGCGAAUAUAAAUCUAUUGGCACCCUGAAGAAGGAGCUAGCUGAGUUGCAGGAUGAAUUGGCCCAAGCACACAGACAGGUUCACAUAUCUGAAGCAAGGGUUACUACUGCUUUAGAUAAACUUGCUUACAUGGAAGAGUUGGUGAGCGAUAGGCUGUUGCAAGACAGAAGCACUGCUGAAGUUGCUCAAACAUCCUCUUCUCCCAGUACUUCUGCGAAAUAUUUAGAUACAGAAAAGAAAAGGCAGCCACGGAAAAGCUUGAACGUAUCAGGCCCGGUUCAGUCAUACCAUCCCCUCUUGAAGAAUUUCUGGUACCCUGUUGCUUUCUCUAGUGACCUAAAGGAUGAUACCAUGAUUCCAAUAGAAUGUUUCGAGGAACCUUGGGUCAUCUUCAGAGGGAAAGAUGGGAAGCCUGGAUGUGUCCAGAAUACAUGUGCACACAGAGCCUGUCCUCUGCACCUUGGUUCAGUAAACGAGGGUCGUAUCCAAUGCCCUUACCAUGGCUGGGAAUAUACCACAGAUGGAAAAUGUGAGAAAAUGCCAUCUACUCGACUGCUAAAUGUGAAAAUAAAGUCAGUUCCAUGUUUUGAAAAAGAGGGGAUGAUCUGGAUUUGGCCUGGCAAUGACGCACCAACAGCCACACUUCCAUCUUUACUACCUCCUUCUGGAUUUGAAAUCCAUGCCGAGAUUGUGAUGGAACUUCCAAUUGAACAUGGUUUACUUUUGGACAAUCUUUUGGAUCUUGCACAUGCCCCUUUUACUCACACUUCAACAUUCGCAAAGGGAUGGAGUGUUCCCAGCUUGGUGAAAUUCUUGACACCUUCAUCUGGCCUGCAAGGAUACUGGGAUCCUUAUCCUAUCGAUAUGGAGUUUCGACCGCCGUGCAUGGUGCUAUCAACCAUUGGAAUUUCAAAGCCUGGGAAAUUGGAGGGACAAAAUACCCGUGAAUGUUCAACACACCUGCACCAGCUUCAUGUCUGCCUACCAUCUUCAAAACAAAAGACAAGAUUGCUAUACCGAAUGUCACUGGAUUUCGCUCCUCUGCUUAAGCAUAUACCUUUAAUGCAAUAUCUGUGGAAGCAUUUCGCAGAACAGGUUUUAAAUGAGGAUCUACGGCUAGUGGUGGGGCAGCAAGAACGAAUGAACAAUGGUGCAAACGUAUGGAAUUUGCCUGUAUCAUAUGACAAGCUUGGGGUGAGAUACAGACUUUGGAGAGAUGCAUUGGAGCGAGGAGAUAAGCAACUACCCUUCACUUCAUAGAUUCGAGUACACAGUAAAAGAUGCUGUUUUUUUUCUUUCCUUUUUGUCAGUCAGUGAUGCUUCUUAAAUCCAAUAAGGAAUUUUUCUUUUUCAACUCAAGGCUUCAUCAUUACAAGACCAUCCGGGAACUGUUGUAUUCAUCAGAGGCUGUGUUCCUUUCCCAAAAAUACUAGAGUCUUGACACCUUCACCCUUUUUUCAUUAUUAUUUUUUUUAAUAAUUUUUGUACAGUGUCAAAUCAUUUUUUUCCCCUUGUGAUGUCUGCACCGCUCACCUGGUGCCUUAACCUCACCCUUAAACAAAGGGGCAUGUGUAUUGUAUGACACAACAUUCAGGGCAAUGUUAAUUCAGAAUUCCUGAUUGGUUUGGGUUA